AUGGAAAUACAUGCUUAUAUUGAAUCUGAUAGUGACGGUUCAGAGUCUGAUGACUCUUCGCAACAAAAUUCGGCAGCUUCGCCUCAACAACAAGCUGCGGCAACACUGCAUUCAUCGGCCUUGCCGAAUUCAGAGUUCUUUCUUAAUAUCUCCGAAUUACAAGUUACAAUGAAGGGUUUGUUUUCUAUUAUUUUUUGUUAA